AUGCGAUACCCCCCUCCUCCUCAACUCCGGGAUGACCCUCCGCAGCAUCGGCGCCGUCCAGCGCCUGCCAUCGUGACAGAUGAUGAUACUCCCCGGCCGCACCAUGCUGAGGAUAUGCGCGGCAUUGACCCGCCAGAACGGGAUCUGCGGAUCGUGCGGGUAAACACUGCCCAGGACAAGACGAUGACCCAGCUGCGCGACGAUCUGGCGCAUCCUCGUGCUGAAAAAGCCCGAUCCGGGGCGGAAGUACCUGGUCGGAGGUUGCUCUCUGCCUGCAACAGCGUAGGCCUUGUGGAUCAUAUUCUGUACAGUUUUGAUCUGCUCGACCAACUGCGUCUCACUCAACGCGCGCGAUGGCUCGUCGUGCAUCGCAUGAUUGGCGAGCUCGUUGUCGUGCCGGAUCAGGUCGUGGAGGAUCGCCUCGCGGCCAGGGACAUGAGCGCCAAUGAUGAAAAAUGUCGCCGUGGCAUCGUUCGCGUCGAGGAUCUGCAGUAUCUCCUCCGUGUACUCGGACGGCCCGUCGUCGAUGGUGAGCGCGACGAGCUUCUUAGCUGUGGGCACAUGCUACAGGACGUCGGGCCAUCGACGCUGCAGGUAGCGGAUGACCAGGCUGGGAGGCUUGUAGAUGACGUACAGAGGGACAGUCACCAAGAAGAGCAGCAGAAUGAAGGGGAUCAGCAUGAGGUGGGCUGGGCUGUGAUCGUCUGCAGAGGAGAGUUUGUCCUAUCGGGAGAUGGAACGUGGACAAGGGAUCGGUGGUGGUCCGUGCGUCGAUAUAGUACAGAGUACGGAGUAAUGCUAUGCAAACAAUGGACUGGAUAG